AUUAUCCUCCACCAUCUAAAUAUCAAACACCCAACUCCCCUCCCAAUCCACUCUCUCUCUCUCUCUCUCCCUCUAAUUUCAAUUUGUCCCCGCCUCGCGACUCGCGUGCGACCUUCUUCACUCCGUGGCUUUCUCUCGUUCUCUCGCUCUCUCAGGUCUAAGCUUGCUUGCUUUCGCUAUCGUUCCCAAAUCUCCACAAGAGCAACAAUGAAGUUAUUAGCUAGAAAAGCCACGUGCAACUCACACGGCCAAGAUUCUUCUUACUUCCUAGGGUGGCAGGAAUACGAGAAGAAUCCAUACCAUGAAUAUCAGAAUCCAACUGGAAUUAUUCAGAUGGGCCUUGCCGAGAAUCAGCUUUCUUUCGACCUUCUCGAAUCUUGGCUCGCCAAAAAUCCUGACACCACUAGUUUCAAGAGAAAUGGAGAAUCCAUAUUCAGAGAACUCGCCCUCUUCCAAGAUUAUCAUGGCCUCCCCGCUUUCAAACACGCAUUGGUGGAAUUCAUGGGAGAACUAAGAGGAAAUAGAGUAAGCUUUGAUCCCAGCAAGCUGGUCCUUACAGCCGGUGCAACUUCGGCUAACGAAACUCUCAUCUUUUGCCUUGCCGAACCAGGCGAAGCUUUCCUCCUUCCUACUCCAUACUACCCAGGGUUCGAUAGAGAUCUCAAAUGGCGAACUGGGGUUGAGAUCGUUCCCAUACAUUGCAACAGCUCCAAUGGCUUCCGAAUUACUCAAUCUGCUCUAGACGAAGCUUACCAACAAGCCCAGAAACAAAACCUGAAGGUUAAAGGGGUUCUGAUCACCAACCCUUCGAAUCCAUUGGGCACGACCAUCAGCCGAGACGAGUUCGACCACCUCAUCAACUUUAUUGCUUCCAAAGGAAUCCACUUAAUAAGUGAUGAAAUCUAUUCCGGGACAGUCUUUGACUCCCCGGGUUUCGUAAGCGUCGCAGAGGUUCUGAUGGACAGAAACCUUCAGGAAACAGACGUUUGGGAACGAGUUCAUAUCGUCUAUAGUCUGUCCAAGGAUCUUGGUCUUCCUGGAUUUCGAGUGGGUGCCAUUUACUCUAAUGACGUCACUGUGGUUGCAGCGGCAACCAAAAUGUCAAGUUUUGGACUUGUCUCUUCUCAAACUCAGUAUCUUCUUUCGGCCAUGCUCUCUGAUAAGAAGUUUUCAAGAAAUUAUAUCAUAGAAAAUCAGAGGAGGCUUAAGAAACGGCACGGCAUGCUCGUCUCCGGCCUUCUGAAUGCCGGUAUCAGAUGCUUGAAGAGUAACGCCGGUUUGUUUUGUUGGGUAGACAUGAGACACCUCUUAAGCUCUAACACUUUCGAAGCAGAGAUGGAGUUGUGGAAGAAAAUUCUUUACGAAGUCCGGUUAAACAUCUCUCCGGGGUCUUCCUGCCAUUGCACCGAACCAGGGUGGUUUCGCGUUUGCUUUGCCAACAUGUCUGAAGAUACCCUAAACCUCUCCAUGCAACGAAUUAAGGCCUUUGUCGACUCCACCGCGGCCACCACCUCCAACGAUAGUGAUACUCCGUCCCAGCGUCAACUAGUUAGAAACUCGAGAAGAGGGUCAUUGACCAAGUGGGUUUUUCGACUAUCGUCUUAUGAACGCAAAGCCGAGCGUUAAUUCGAGUCUGACUCUGCCGGAACAAAUCUUUUUUUUUUUUUUUAUUCAG